CCUUCCACCUCCCGACUCAAGCCUGCAGAUAUACAAAAACGGUACUGCUUAACCCGCUGCAUGCACGUACAUGCUCGUGGCACCACCUCACAUCCUUCCGAGAAAAGGCAGGAGCCUAGGCCGUUGUCACUAUGGUCGGACGACGACGCAAAACGUCGGACUCGACGACGGACACUCUCGACCAUGAUGACCGAGCCUUCGCCCCAGAACUGAGCGUACUCAAGAGACAUGAACCCAAAUUAGAUGAUCAGGAGGAUACGGCGAUGCUGCAGACUUUCGUUCUGGAAGACGCCAUUGUUUGCGAUAAAACAGGCCGCCUCGUUGAGCUAUUCAAUGUCAAUACACAAGGCCCAUUUAUUGUCCGUGGUCGGGUGGUCAUCGAAGAAUGGCAGAAGUCGAGAGCCGUCAAGCCCUCUACGAGAACAGCCCGGAUCGAAACCCGCGAUUGCACCCGCUAUGCAAUCGGCGUCAACGACAACGGCUACGGCGCUUGGGCUGGGGGCCAGGCAGGCUGGUAUGAAAUCAGACCCCCGUCACCGGCCUACAGAAAAAUCUUCGAUCACACCAUCGAGGGUGUCUCGAUGUACUACGAAAUCCUCGACAUCAUCGAGAAGCACAUGGAGGCCCAGAAAUCAAAGCAAGGGAAGAAGGAGUGGAAGAAAAAGGCGAACAAAAUGGCCGCCCACGAUCAACUUAGCAUCGAAACGUUGCUUUUUAGGUAUGCUGUCGCCAUGGGCGACGGCGCUACUUACGACGAGGUGGUCGCGCGCUGUGACGACCAUGCACACUUUCUCCUAUCUCACUUUUAUGAAGAUGCCGACAUGGACUGGUCUCCCACGGUAUUCUUUAAGUGGAUGACUAAGAGACAUCCGGAAAUCCACGCGAAAGUCCUGGAGCUGAGGAAGAAGAAGUUGGGAGCAAUCAGUUCCAACCCCCCCUUAGCCGAGGGAGAUGUCAGAUCGAAAUCGAGGGGAAAGACGAAGACGCAGUCGCGAAGUCCCCCCCCUGUUGUCGAGCCACCAGUGGAUGCAAUGGAUGUGGACGACAUUCCCGAGGUCCCACCCCAGACGGAGCUUGUUGAGAUGGCUCACGACCGCUCCAACGUAGAAGCUCUUCUUGAAGGUAUCGAGGAGAUCAAGCCUGAACUCGGCCCAUUGAAUGCUGUAGCAUUCUCAAAGAUUUCGUCCAAGAUUUACUAUAGGUAUAAGAUCAAGGUAUACCUUGGGGCGUCUGACAUCAUCAAAUACUACGCAAAAGAGCUGAUCAAACGCCUGGACGAGGACGAGUGGGCCGGUUCUGGGUUCUGGAACACCCUCAAGGAAGCUGCAAAAGGCCCUCGUAUCACCCUUGAGCACGUCAAAGUGGAACAGAUACCCGACAGUCUCGUCCGGCGAAAAGCAACUGCAAUUACAGCGUUGAAACCUCGUGGCCAGAGCGAUGCUGAGAGAGGCGCGGUCGUUGUAACUCCGCCACCAAGACGUGGUGGUCGCCUAGCAGGCAAGAUGUCAGGUCUUCGUCUCGCUGGCACCGGUGGCAAGCGACGCUUCGACCCGGAUGAGACCCCCGAGUCCGUCUCACGGAAGGCGGCGAAGAUAUAUCAUGGCCAUGACUCUGACACGGAUGAGGCCAUGAAAGACGGCAGUAGCCCUGGCAAUGAAAGUGACGAAUCCUCUGUAGACUCCACGGACUCGCCCGCAGCUUUCAAGGCCGUUGUUCGAGCCGAGAACAUUCCCACCACGAUUCCAAAGGGACCCAAUGGCACCUGGGUUUGUGAUGAGGACGAUUGCGACUUUGUUGAGCGCAAUCCCGAAUCCGAGGACGGCCGCGAGAGAAUUCACCAACAUAUGCAGGAUAUCCAUUAUCAGGAGAGCGAGGAUCAGGUUGAGCGUAUCAGUCUCGCAGUGACUGAAGGUGGAAAGAACCGCCUCCCCAUUGAGUAUUCACCCCCGCCCCCGUCUUCUGGUUUUAGAUAUGCAUGUCUAUUAGGCGAUCAGGGCGAAGUUUCCCCGUUUUGGGAGUCGGGUCCAAGUGGGUCAACUACCAGCGGAACUACACUGUCGUCUCAAGCCGUCUCCAACUCUGCUUCGGGGCUACGAUGAGAUUUCGCCCGGCACAUGGG